AUGGCCAAGAGGAAGAAGUCGGUGGCGACGCGGUUGGACGAGGUGGAUCGGACAAUGUAUUCCACCUUCUGCAGCGCCGCCAAUUCCCUGUCCCUGCUGUACACGCAGGCCAUGAACCAGCAGAAGGUCACCUUCCAGGCUGGUGAGCGGCACGCCGUGGUGCGUUAUGCGUCUCGUCUCUCCGCUUCACUGUUUUCUGCCCCCUGUUCGACGUAAUUAUUCAGAUAUUUUCUGUUUUUUUGGACGCGAGUGCCCAUUCCUCGCUGCGGGGGGCUUCUCUGAGCCGACUACGAUUUUUUUUUUAUUUCCCAUGUUGAGAUUCCUUCAUUAGAUCCCAUUUAUCUGCCCGAUUGUAAUCGGCCGUUUCUAUAGUGGUUAGCUUGCCGCUCCCCUUCCCCGUUCCUGUUGUUGCUCACCGGGUUCUUCAUCUUCUCUUCUCUCCCGUUCUCGUUCUACUACCCACGGUGCCUCUCAAUUCGACUUCUCCGUCGUUGUCAACUCUCUCUGUCUCCAGUGAUUAUGUGGAUGGCGCUGCCGCUGCUUCAGGAUUUCUCUUAUUACGUUUUGAUUGAUUGAUGCUUUUGCAACCUCCGUUUGCUAGAACAUCAUUAUCUUCUUCUACUUCUUCUUCAUCCUCCAUACUCCGUUGUAUGGAAUAUCAGUCUAAUGUGAUUAAUGAUAGUUUAACCAGUCAUUACAGAGGAUAUUAGAAUAAACGCAAGGAUCCUUUUGUCACCCAAAACAAGUUGAGACUACAUUAUUUAUCGAAAAUAUGUUGGAUUUUCGAAUUAAAUACCCGAAAUUCUUCCUGGGAUUUCCCCUCAAGUUUUUUCCGACAGCCAUACCAGUUCCAUUCCCAAUUUCUUGGGUCUCUUUGUAUCAGAUUCGAUUGGUUCUAUGAUUGGCUCUUCUCACGCUUCGAAUUAUUUGAUGCGAUUUUUACCGCUAUUUUUUUUACAUUUUAGUUUCUAAUAAUGUCUCUCAGAGUUUUCUUUUCGAUACAGUAAAAUGGCCUCCCAUGCCGGAAAAAUUCAUACCCUUAAACUGUCAUGUAAUAUUAAUAGCCCAACAGUUGUCUCAUUCGAUCUUUGAAUCUUUGAAUCUCCCCCACCGUUCAUGUUUCACACAAAAAAAUCUUCGUUGCAUAGAACACUUGACAGAAGAAAGUAUUUGGGCCCAACUGCGCACAGAAAAUCACCAAGAAUGCUUCAUAAAUGGUUUCAUAUAGUUUGACAGUCAGAUAUUGAUCAUCAUCUCGGUUAAAAAGUUCAUUAUUUUUUUGCCAAUCAUCGUCGGUAAAUCACAUAAAACCUCUACAUCCAAUCCAUUUUGAGGUUAAAUUGAAAUCAUGAUCUGAUAUUGGUUAAAAACUACAAACCGAUUCACCCUAAUCUAAUCAUAAGCCACAUGGAUCGAGUACCUAUUAUUUUAUUGUUCUAGUAUUGCAUUUGUGGAAUACCCAGACAAACAAAUAGCUUUAGCUUUAGGUUUGACGGUCACUCUGUUAUACAUUUCAGUACGAGUGUUAACCUCAUCCUUCACACAGGACUAGCUAGGAGCCUUGAUUUUUUCUUCAUCCUGGUGAAAUGUGGCUAUCUAUAGACCUUAAUACUGUGUGUUAAAAUCCCAACGUAUUAGUUAAUCUUGAUGGGUUAGCUGCUGCGUUUUUUCUACAUCUUUUAUUUUUUUAAUUUUUUUUCACCUCAUUAUCUGAUGGAGCGAUGGGAUUUUUUGUGAAGAACGGUGGAGAAUUAAUGUGAUUCCGAUGAAAGUCCAAUGCUUUGUUGGUUGAGGGUAGGAGUUGGCUCGUCUAUGAUAUAGUUUGAAUGAUAUGGUUGCAUUCAGCCGAACUGCGACGGUUCAUCUGGUUGAAGCUGUAAUGGCGCAUGACUACACCGAACGGAAUUCCACCAGGCUGCCGGAUCUGCCAUGUUUAAAUUUUUUUUCUUCAAGAUUUGACUGGCAGAAUCAGUGGACCCAGCAGAGGGAUUGCAGCCUUUUCAAAUAGGAAUGCUGAUUUAUUUUUUUUAAAUCACAAAAUAGGAAUCCAGGAAAAAUAGAAAGAACAGCACAAUAGCUAAUUGCAUGUUCCUAGCCGUUGACAUGAUACACAGUCUUCUAUAUAUAUACAGGAAGAGAUAAAUUGCACGAUUUGUGCAUGUUAAUUGUGAAUUAUCAUGUCGGUAAUUUGGUGGAUCAAGGGUUUGACAUACAAUGGAUUUUGAUGUAAUCUUGGAUGCGAUGUGGUCAAGAGAUGAAUUUGAAGGAUCUUGUCGGUGCUUCCAUUAUCAGAUCAAGAGAAGCUCUCAGGAAGCCUAAAUGAUUCCUUCCGGUGUUGCAUGAAAAGUUUGGAUGGAUGAAAUGAAAUCCCUCAAUCUCUCUGUUUGGUAUCUUCAUUGGGUUCUUCCAAAAUUUCUUGAACAAUUCCAGAGAUACCAUAAUGAUUGUGUUACUGAGAGGAAAACCAAAAUCUCAAGAGCAAUGGCUAGAGAACCUUGACAGCUUAAGAAGCCUGCUUUAGACAAAUAUCUCUUCUUCUUCUUCUUUUUAAAUUGGGCAUUUUAAAAAAUAGCAUUUAUAGCAUUUUCCACUAUGUUUUAAUCUAAUAUAUUCAUGCUUGUCCUUUGCAACCAGAAUUUAUCUGCCGAGCAUUUGUAUAUCUUUAUGGGCUUAAACAGUAUUAAUUUUAAUGAUCUUGUCAGCCACUUUUCUCUUAUUCCAUUUAACAUUAUCUUUUAAUGAUUUAUUUGUGCUCAUCUGUAUGAAUUUGAGGAACACGUGAUUGGUAUUACACCGUUAUCAGGAAUGAAUAUCUUUUUUUAUAUAAUAUAUAUUAUUUUUAUUUUUAUUUUUAUUUUAAUUCUGACGAGCUGGGGAUCAUAGACCAAAUCAUGGAUUUUCUUAGGACCUACCUCGUAAUCCUUUUUUCUGUGCAGGAGAAGGUCUAUAGCUGGAUCUUGAGUCAGCAGGAGCAAGGAGGAAGGUUGACGGUUGCGGACAUACUUGCUUACCUGCAGGUUGUGCCCGUUGACUUCUCCCCUCAAACAGCUCCGUGGCCAUAAUCUCGUUGACUUAGCCAAUCUGAUCCAUGAAUUCCGGUACUGAUACCCUCUUUCUGAUUUUUCUGACCCUUGCCGCCCUGGUUCUCGCAGAACGAGCUGGACUACGGCGGAGAGGACCCCUCCAUGUCCCCGAGACUGCCGUCGCAGCCCGCCGUGCACCUCGCGGGCUCGAACUUCCCAGCCGCCCCCGCCUCCGCCGGCCAGCUCGGCCCCCGCGGCGGCCAGCUGGACCAGGCCAAGAACUCGGCCGUCUUCUCCAACGCGCUCUCCAGCCCCGUCCGCCGGAGCCUCCAGCCCUACCACCUGGCCCAGUCCGGCGGGUUCUGCACCGGCCACGUGGCCGGGCUGCGGGCCAACGAGACAGCCCGAGAAGCAGACACCUCCAUGGACAUGCACUCCGACCCCGAGCCCUACCCGUGA